AGAAAUAUGAGAAGUAUAAUCUUGUCGGCUCGUCUGAGUCUCUGGCUUCUGGUUUUUCGAAAUGAAGAAAUAGGAAUCAGCGAGAGGACGAUUCUAGUGAUUAGAGGUCGAUGAAACAAGUAAAUGUCUACUAGCGCGAUUUUGCAAACUGUCAUUUUUUUAAUCGAUAAAUUGAAAGGUGCGAGAUGCGAUAAUUUUGACGAUGAAAUGUCAAUGAUUAUGGUCGACAGAAAGAUAGAAAGCGAGAGAGAGAGGUUAUUUUAUUUCUGUAACGGUUUGUAAUAGGUUAUUGGAACAAUGAAUAAUCCAGAGAAACCUACUACGCUGAUAGAGUCAUCUGCAACAAGGAGCAAAUUAAAAAGACGAUCAGCUUCUUCCAGUGACAGCUCUGAGAAAAAUAAGAAGAGGCGGAACGUAUGUAGUAAGGACAAGAGAAAGAAGUCAAAGCAUAGAAGUAGUUCCAGUAAUUCCAGUUCUUCUAGCGCAUGUCCAGAGAGAAAUGUACAUAGAGAAAAAAAAGAUGAGGAUAUAGAGCACAAUAGUAGGAGAUAUGAAAAUGGUAUGGAUUCACAGCGAAGAGGUGGCAAGUACAGUAAUGAUCAAAGAUGGUAUAACAAGAGACGGUAUAAUAAUCAUGUGUUAUAUAAUAAUCAAAAAGAUUAUGGUUAUUUUAAUUCACGACCUUAUAGACGUCAGAAUUAUUACGAUAGAAAUAGAAGGGAUGCAUAUAAUAAUUAUUAUAAUAGAUAUAAUAAUAGAAAUUACGAAAGAACAUCUAAUUAUGGCAGAUCAAGAGUGCAAGAUUAUUAUAAAAAUACUGGUAAAAAUGCAUCUAGUCAGCCUGUUCGAGAAGACAAUUCGAAAGAACGUAUGAAUCAAUCACGAACCUUAAUGAUGGAAAGGCUUGAUUCAAUAAAAGAUAACAUAGAAACAGUUGAGAAAAUAAAAGAGAGAGAGGAGAAGAAAGCAAGAAUUUCGCGAGAUAAGACUCAGCCAAGUCGUAAAAUAAAAAGAAAGAGAUCUUUCUCUACUUCUAGUUCUUCCAGUGUCAGUAGUAGUAGUAGUAGCAGCAGUAGUAAUAGUACUAGCAGCAUCUCCAGUAGCAGUGGUAGCAGCAGUAAUACCGACAGUAGUACUAGUAGUACUGACAGUUCAGAAGAUGAAAGAAAGCAUAAGAAAGCCAAGAAGAAGGCUAAAAAAAGGAUGAAGAAAGCUCUGAAGAAAAAGAAUAAGAAACGGAUGAAGAAGAAAUUAAAGAAGAAGUUAAAAAAAUCUUCACUUAAGAGAAAGGGACAUAGUAAGAAGAAAUCCAAGGAAAAUAAAGAAAUUCAGGAUUCUAAAAAGGAGAGUAUCAAAGAAGUUGUACUUGAAGUAACAGAAAAAGCAAAGGCUAUGGCGCCCAUGACAAAAGAGGAAUGGGAAAAGAGGCAAAAUAUAAUUCGCAAAGUUUUCGACCAAGAAACUGGAAGAUACAGAUUAAUCAAAGGCGAUGGAGAAAUUUUGGAAGAGAUUGUUAGCCGGGAACGUCAUAAGGAAAUAAAUAAACAAGCAACCAAAGGAGACGGCGAGUACUUUCAAGCUCAUUUAAAGAUGAAAGCUCUGUAAGGUAUUUUUUUUAUGUAAUUAAUCAUAAUUGGAAUCUUUACUUAAGUUAUAUAUGUAUAAAACUUAUCUUCAUCUCGUACAUACAGUGAGGAUAUCUCAUAUUAAAAUAUGUUUCUAUUGUA